AUGGAGAACUUCUCGGCGCUGUUCGGCGGGGCCGAGCCGCCGCCCGCCGCCGCUGCCGCCGCUCUGGGCUUCGGGCCCGCCAAGGCGCCGGGCACCGGGGCUGCGCCUCCCCCCGCCGCCGCCGCGCCGCCCCCGGGCGAGGACGCGGCCCGCAAGGCCGCCGCCGGCCCCUUCUACUUGCUGCGGGAGCUGCCAGGCACCACGGAGCUGACGGGCAGCACCAACCUGAUCACGCACUACAACCUGGAGCAUGCCUACAACAAGUUCUGCGGCAAGAAGGUGAAGGAGAAGCUCAGCAACUUCCUCCCCGACCUGCCCGGCAUGAUCGACCUGCCCGGCUCCCACGACAACAGCAGCCUGCGCUCCCUCAUCGAGAAGCCCCCCAUCUGCGGCAGCUCCUUCACCCCCCUCACCGGCGCCAUGCUGACAGGCUUCCGCCUCCACGCUGGCCCGCUGCCCGAGCAGUGCCGGCUGAUGCACAUCCAGCCGCCCAAGAAGAAGAACAAGCACAAGCACAAGCAGAGCCGCACCCAGGAUCCCGUCCCCCCAGAAACCCCCUCGGACUCUGACCACAAGAAGAAAAAGAAGAAAAAAGAGGAGGAUCCGGAACGGAAGAGGAAGAAGAAAGAGAAGAAGAAAAAGAAGAACCGGCACAGCCCGGAGCACCCGGGGGUGGGCAGCUCCCAGGCCAGCAGCAGCAGCAGCUUGCGGUGAGGCCUGCGCCGGCAUCGCCCCGGGGAUCCCCCAGCCAACGGAAACGGCCCUGACUGACCUGGGAGGGACUCAUCCCUCCUGCAGCGCUCGGCAGGGGGGCUCGGGCUGGCCUGCGUCCCCCCCCCUCUGGCAGAGAGGACACCCCCGCAGCCCCCUGCUUGUGUUGUGCGGCCAGCCGGGACCAGGGGACGCAGACUCUGCUGGCACUGGGGUUGCCGACCUUGGCCUUUUAUACCAAAACAACCCGGUGCAUCGGGGCCUCUCUUUUUUAGUCACCUUUUAAUUAAAGUCUGUGCUGUGAGGAGGGGCUGGUGGCAGUGGCUGCUGCAACCCUCGGCCUGAGACUGGGGGAGUCCAUGGGGCGUGCGGGAUCGGCACUGCCCCGACACGCUGUGGCCCGGACGGAGGAUCGUGGCUGAGCUCCCGCCCCAGCUCUCCGCCCGUCUCCUGCCCCAGCAGGGGCGAGGUGGGCUCCCACCUUGGCUUUGGCUGCUGGGCUGGCUUGAGGGGCUCUGUGCUCCUCUGGCCCUCGCCUCCCAGGCCGGGCGAGGACGGGAGCGACCCUGGAGAGGCACCGCGUCCCUGCGCAGAGGUGGCUGCUGACAGAGCGCCCGGGGCU